UGGUGGCAGCAGAGGGAGGCCUGAGGGCAGCGGCUGCCUGGGUGUGCGUGGGUGGCAGCCAGGAGGGGGGGGGGGAGGAAGCAGCUUCCUGCAGCCUCCUCAGCCCUCAAAGACAGACAGACAGACAGAGUUCCAGGGGUCAGCAGUGGGGGGCCCUGUCUUUCAGGCAGACCUCAUGGCCUAGUGAGCCUCCUCUGGGCCCAGUUCUGCCCCCAAAGUAUGGUGCAGACCCGAGGGGGGCGUCCCAGAGUUCAGCCACCAACUUUGAUUUUGGGGACGACCAUGACCCAGCCGCCACCCACCAAAGCCCCAGCCAAGAAGCAUGUGCGGCUACAGGAGAGGCGGGGCUCCAACGUGGCGCUGAUGCUGGAUGUGCGCUCUCUGGGCGCCGUGGAGCCCAUCUGCUCUGUGCGUACCCCCCUGGAGGUGAGCCUGCACUUUCUGCGCACUGCUGGCCACCCGCUCACCCGCUGGGCACUGCAGCACCAGCCACCCAGCCCCAAGCAGCUGGAAGAAGAGUUCCUGAAGAUCCCAUCAAACUUCACCAGCGCCGAAGACCUGAAUGUUCCUGGCCAUGCCUCCAAGGAUCGGUACAAGACCAUCUUGCCAAAUCCUCAGAGCCGCGUCUGUCUGGGUCGAAUACAGAGCCAAGAGGACGGAGACUACAUCAACGCCAACUACAUCCGAGGCUAUGAUGGGCAGGAGAAGGUCUACAUCGCCACCCAAGGCCCCAUGCCUAACACCGUGUCAGACUUCUGGGAGAUGGUAUGGCAGGAAGAAGUGUCGCUCAUUGUCAUGCUGACGCAGCUCCGUGAGGGAAAGGAGAAAUGUGUCCACUACUGGCCCACAGAAGAGGAGGGAUCCUUCGGGCCCUUCCGCAUCUGCAGCCAAGCCGUGAAAGAGCACCCGGAAUACACAGUGCGGCAGCUCACCAUGCAGUACCAGGAGGAGAUCCGGCCUGUGAAGCAUGUCCUCUUCUCUGCCUGGCCUGACCAUCAGACCCCAGAGUCUUCGGGGCCCCUGCUGCGCUUGGUGACAGAAGUAGAUGAAGGUCCAGAGACAGCUGGCCCCAGGGGGCCCAUCGUGGUUCACUGCAGUGCAGGGAUUGGUCGAACUGGAUGCUUCAUUGCCACCCACAUCGGCUGCCAGCAACUGAAGGCCCGAGGGGAAGUGGACAUUCUGGGCAUCGUGUGCCAACUACGGCUGGACAGGGGGGGCAUGAUCCAGACCUCGGAGCAGUACCAGUUCCUGCACCAGACCUUAGCCCUAUACUCGGCCCAGCUGCCGGCAGCACCAGAGCCCAGCUCCUGA